AUGCUCGUCGCCAUCUUCGCUCUCGCUCUUUCCUGUUUGACCAGUGCCACUCCUUUGAAACGUGCACCUGGACUUGCUAUCACUCUCUCAAGUAAUGAGGUCUCAACCAACUCCAUUGAAGAUAUAUCCUUGACUGCCACUGUCGAGAACACUGUGAUUUUUCUUGAUUCCUUUCUUCCGACUCGUUCUUUUCUUGUGACAAAGGAUGGGUCAGAAGUCGCUUUUAAAGGGGUACUGGUUCAAUUGGCCUCGACUGGUCUCACUGAAGAGAGCUUUGUGACCAUUCCUGCUGGAGGGGCUGUGUCCGCUACGCACGAGAAUAUUGCACAACUCUACGACUUCGAGUCUGCUGGGACGGGCACCUUUUCUUUCACUCCCACGAAUGAUUUCCAAGUUUUCAGCGCCGACACGACCAUACAUAAUAUUGCGGAUACCGUCCGCAUUUCAGCACCUGUUCCAACAGUCCAUGUCAACGUAAUCUCAGAUGUGAUGAGACGAGAUUUGAAUGUUUUGGAUAAGCGUGCUGUGGCUAAUUGUUCUGACACCUCAUCCUCUCCGUUCAUCGUGACUUCGAGCUUAGCUAGUCUCGCCGCCAACUAUAUCAGUACCCGCGGAGCCGAUGAUCCACUCUUUGUAGCUUAUUUUGGAGCCCAAAAUAUCAGCCGACCUCUCUCGGUGUUUCAAGCAAUUGAGAGCGAAAAUGACCCGGAGCGUACUUUAAAUUGCUCGGAUCCUUAUGAUGUCUGUUGGCUUAAUGUCAUUGCUUAUACAGUCUUGUCGACGACGAAUAUCUAUUAUUGCUCGAUCUUCUACAAUGAAGUGGCUCCAAAUUCGCUUUGUGAAGGAGCUGAUGUGGCGGCUCGCAAUCUUCGAGGUGGAACAACUCUUCACGAGCUGACACAUGCAGUUGCUAAUACUACUGACAUCA